AUGUCGUCUAAAACUGAGGAUUCUAUCAAGAUUCGCACCAUGACGGUGGACGAUUUCAAAGAGAUUAAGCCGUUUCUCCGCGAACAUUUGUACACGGGCGAGCCUCUCACCAUGUCGUCCAAUGAGGAUGCCGAGAAGUGCGAUGAGAAAAACACAGACGAGUACAACCUAAAGCUGAUCAAACAAGGCACCUCGUUGGUGGCAGUGGAGCCAUCUGGCCGCAUCGUAGGUCUCGUGCUGGCUGGUGCUCUCUAUCCCAGUGAUUUUGAGAAAAACCGAGUAGCCGCGGAGACUGCAGAGCAACAUGUCUGGGGUCGCCUCAAUCGCUUGCUAUCUGUUGUGGAGAGACAGGCGAACUUCUUUGAGCGGUAUGGUGCAUCCAAAGCCAUCUAUUCUCACAUCACCAACGUACAUUCUUCAAUGCGUGGCAAGGGACUAGGAUCGCGACUAGCUGCAGCUUUAAUGGACGUAGGGCGUGCCAAGGGAUUCCCCCUCAUGGUGGCCUAUUGCACUAGCUUCUACUCAGCGCGCCAGAAGCAGGCCUUGGGCAUGGAGGUCGCCUAUUCUCUUCCCUAUGCAGACUACAAAGACGAAGAGGGACGUGUGAUAUUCCAUCCACCGGCACCGCAUGAUGCCAUUCGUGUAAUGGUCAUGAGGUUGUAGUGAGUAAGCUGCCAGUUAACUUAGCAGUUCAAUAUAUCUGGAGAUAAUGAUGCUUUUAGUACCAUUUUUUGUUGCCGUUCCAUCGUUUAGGAAACAGCUAGCCAAUGAGACUGUUUAUCAAUUCUUUGACGUCUUUUGUUUUCUACAUAACAUCCAAAACUACAAUAAGAAAUACUCUUAAGAAUCUUAAUCAAAACUGAUGUUAAAGUUGAAAAUGCAUUAAGUAGCAAAUAAAAAAGAAUUGUUAAUUUAUUAAGUAAAGAAGUCACAGCAAAUUAAAGUAAACAAAAUCACUUAUUUACUUA